UUGGAGGAUUUUGGCGGGCCCCACUUCCACCCCCUCCCUCUCUCUCUCUCUCUCGCCCUGCUCUUUCGGCUUUUGCCUUCGCUUCCAUCCAAACUCUCUCUCUCUCUCUCUCAGUAAUCUCCUCCUCUCGUCAUAUAAAAUCAACCCACCCCCACUUUGCACACCUCAAAUCUACUCAUUCUCUCUCUCUCUCUCUCUCUCUCUCACUCAUCGCAUUGCCUUUCCUUUUACCAAAUCUUCACGCCCCUCGCAUUGCUCUCUCCGUUUCUGUAAAGGAAUCGGCCCGGGAGAGCGUUGCUUCGGGGGAAUGAAGAAAUAUGGUCGGAUCUUGCUCUGAUGGAUGUGGGUUCUGCUGGGUCUUCUUCGCAUGACGACCCCGUGCUCCCCCUCCUCCCCUGUCGUAGCAGCAGAGGAAGAAGGCGCCGUACCCUCGUGAGAAAGUUUCUGCUCUCGGAUCUCUCGCAUUUCUCUCCAUUCCCGCAAAUGAGCAGUGCCGCAGAGUCUCAGUUCCACGUCUUGGCCGUCGACGACAGCCUCAUCGAUAGGAAGCUCAUCGAGCGGCUCCUCAAGAUUUCCUCUUACCAAGUGACUACCGUUGAUUCUGGUAGUAAAGCUCUGGAGUUCCUGGGUUCCCGUGUUAACGAUGACCGAAGCAGCUCCGAUUCUCUCCCGUCCGUUUCGCCGAGCGAUCAUCAAGGAGUGGAGGUGAAUCUCAUCAUCACAGACUACUGUAUGCCCGGAAUGACUGGCUACGACUUGCUCAAGAAAAUCAAGGAAUCUUCGUCUCUGAGAGACAUCCCGGUGGUCAUUAUGUCAUCCGAGAAUGUCCCUUCAAGGAUCACCAGAUGCUUGGAAGAAGGUGCGGAGGAAUUCAUCCUGAAGCCGGUGCGAUUAGCGGACGUGAACAAGCUCAGACCCCACAUGAUGAGAACCAAGAAGCUCAAGGGUCAGGAACAGGAACAGGAAUUGCAAGAAGAGUCGGUGACACAUUGUGAGGUUCGAUCACAACCACCGCGCCAACAUGAACUCGAGAUCGAACAGAGUCAACAAGAUCAAUCCCAGCAGAUUCAACAACACCAGCAACAGAAAUCCGGCAAUAAUAACAAGAGAAAGGCCCUCGACGUCGAAGAAGGCCUUUCGCCCGACAGAACGAGAAGCAGAUACAAUGGAGUCGCCACUUUCUGAUGAAUCAUCAUCACACACACCCUUCGAUUUUUUUUUUUUUUUUUUUUUGGUGACCAUGUAUCUUUUCACUAAUUUUCUCUUUCACACCCCAUUCCUGCUCACUGCUGGCGCAUACAGAUUAGAGAGAAGCGCUGGAGAUUUGUUCUUUUCUUUUUCCCUCUUCUUUUCGGUUGCUUUUUUUUUUUUUUUUUUUUUUUUUUUUCUGGUAUAUA